AUGUACUGGGCAAGGACUGGUAGUCGUCGCGAGACAAUCACCACAGACUAUGUCGUGUGCGACAUGUAUCUCACAUUACCACUCGGCAAGAUCGCCUCCGCCAAGUACUGCGCUGCCCUCUAUCAGGCGACUGGCGUCGAGGCCUGCUCAUACCACCCCCCCUCCAUGAAAGGCAUUGUCUCCAAGCCUGAUGGAGAAGAUCUCACCGGAUCAAACGUCACCUACAUUGCCAAGGUUGAGAUCGACGACCCCUUCAUUGAGCCUGAUCCUUUUGCCGAGACCGACACAGAGGCCAAAGAAGCUUGCCUUGUGCGCGAGACUGCUCUUAAGUCUGAGCUGUCCGAAUGCAAGGCUGCCGCCGCGGCCUCAAGCUCAGGAUCUUCACAUGAUAGCUGUGCUCAGUGUGGUAUCUUGGGAAAGAAUGAUCCUGGCCAUUUCUCUCGGCGCCUCAAGAUCGAUUUAGCCGCUUGCAAGACCGGAUGCGCUGCUGUUGGAGACGGCACGGCGUGCCGUUCCUACACCCAUGAUGGUGGAAGCUCUGAUGCUUGCCUUCUCUACUACAAGCAAAUUAGAGAGUUGGAACCCGCUGGUGAAUUCAAGGUUGAAGGCGCUUGGCGCUCAUGA